AUGGCUCAGAACUGCAGUUUGUUUCCAGACUUUCUAUUUCUAGGACUUUCUGACAAGCAAGAUGUGCAGCUGGGGCUUUUUCUUCUGUUCCUCCUUGUUUAUGGCACCACUGUGAUCGCCAAUCUAGGGAUGAUCUUGCUGAUCAAGAUGGAUCCGAGACUUCACACGCCCAUGUAUUACUUCCUGAGCAAUCUGUCUUUUUGUGAUGUGUGCUACUCUUCCACUGUCUCUCCUAAGAUGUUGUCUGAUUUUUUAUCCGAGCAAAAGAGAAUUCCAUAUAAUGUUUGUGCCAUUCAAAUGUAUUUUUUCGGGGCCUUUGCGGACAUGGAAUGUCUCAUGUUGGCUGUCAUGGCCUAUGAUCGUUACGUAGCCAUCUGCAAUCCGCUUCUUUACACCAUUGCCAUGUCUGGGAGGUUGUGUACACAACUAGUAGCUGUUGUCAUCACCGUAGGCUUGGUGGAUUCAGCCAUCCACACAAGCUGCACAUUUCGACUGUCCUUCUGCAAUUCAAACGUCAUCAAUCACUUUUUCUGUGACAUUCCACCCUUGCUGGCCCUCUCUGACUCAGACACUUCUGUUAAUGAGAUAGUGAUGUUCACGUUCAUUGGCUGUGUUGUGGGGUUCAGCAUCGUCACUGUCUUCCUCUCCUAUAGUUACAUCAUCACUACCAUUCUUCGGAUGAAAUCAGCUGAGGGCCGGCGCAAAGCCUUCUCUACCUGUGCCUCCCACUUAGCAGCAGUAGCUGUGUUUCAUGGAACUCUACUGUUCAUGUAUUUCCGACCCAGCUCAAGUUACUCAAUGGACACAGACAAAAUGGCCUCUGUUUUCUACACAGUUGUCAUUCCUAUGUUAAACCCACUGAUCUACAGCUUAAGGAAUAAGGAUGUGAAAGAUGCUGUCAGAAAAGCAAUCCAAACUAUAGUGUCUUCUGGGUGA